AAUACAGGGUUUAAAAAAAAAUGAUUGGGCUGAUUCAUGUUUGGCCAUUUGUACAUAACUGCAGAAAUAUGACAAUAUUAUGGAAUAAACAGUAACACAAGGGUAUUUUUUAAAAGUAUGAGUUGGGGGGUGCGGGCUCUGCUGUGCUGAUCCAGUGUGCAGCUGCCUGAUCCACAGCUCGGUGUGUGUCUGACUGUCACUUGUUGGGCUGAACGCCUCUCUGACAGACUCGUCGGCUACACGUGAUGGUCGGUGCGCGUCACCGAAGCGCUGUCGCUCGCCUGGAGACCGGAGCAGGGCUGACUGACACUGUGUGCAGCAGGCUACUGUAAAUAAAGAAUUCAAAAAAACCCAACAAACUAACAGGCAACAAAUAAGCAAGCCGGGCAGCAAUCGGGUCAGCUGAUAGUAGUUUUUUUUCCCUCAUUCAUUCGCUGAGUUGUCUGUGAGGGUGUUUUUCAGUCCUUUUUUCUUUUUUUCUUCUUCUUCUUUUUUUUUUUUGUUCCAGAUUUGAGCGUGCCAAGUAAAGGGGAAAGCAAAAAAAAAAAAAACAUGGCUGGUUUGAUGGCAGGAUUUGGUCACUACACCCACGCCGUCGUCCGGGGAAUCCCUGCGUCCCUGGCCAAAGAAGCGCUCCGGACCGUCCAGGCGGAGGUGGACCUGGCCAAGGCGCGGAGGGAGCACGACGCGUACGUCGAGGUCCUGAGGACGAGGCUCGGGCUGGAGGUGGUCGAGCUCCCCGCGGACGAGUCGCUCCCGGACUGCGUGUUCGUGGAGGACGCGGCCGUGGUGUGCGGUGACACGGCGCUCAUCACCAGACCCGGGGCAGAGAGCAGGAGGAGAGAGACGGACUUAAUGAAAGGGGCUCUGAAGGAUUUGAAUCUCAACAUUGUGGAAAUGACUGAUGAGAAUGCAACACUGGAUGGAGGAGAUGUCCUUUUCACCGGUCGAGAGUUCUUUGUGGGACUUUCCAAACGGACCAAUCAGAGAGGAGCAGAGAUCCUAGCAGAUGCAUUUAAGGACUACGCCGUCUCUACUGUGCCAGUGCUGGAAGGGCUGCACCUGAAGACCUUCUGCAGCAUGGGAGGACCCGGCCUCAUUGUCAUCGGUUCCAGUGAACCAGCGCAGAAGGCCCUCAAAAUCAUGCAGCAAAUGAGCGACCAUCGCUACGACAAGCUGACGGUGCCCGAUGACCUCGCUGCCAACUGUGUCUACAUGAACCUGCCCAACAAGGGACAUGUGCUUCUGCACUGCACAGCGGAGCAGUUUCCAGAGAGUGCAAAGGUGUUUGAGAAGUUGAAGGACCACAUGCUGAUUCCCGUGUGCAACCAGGAGAAGGUCAAAGUGGACGGAGCCCUCACAUGCUGCUCUGUGCUCAUCAACAAGAAGGCCAACAUCUGAGCGCGCUCAUUAGGGCUCUGUCGGUGCAUGGUAACCAAGCAGAGCCUGAAUCUGAUCACCACAGAUCCUAAGGUUUAACAAAACAGUCCUGAUUCUUAGAGGGAGAAAAUUCUAGCGUAAUGAUGCUGAGGUACAGAUAAUAUAUCACAUGAAAGGAGUCAUACGGUCUCACUUUUCACUAAAACACAAUCAUUGAAAGGUCUUAAAGUGUGUAAAUAGUUCCACUGAAAUAGAGGACAAUAGUUUCAGAUUAUCUGUGUCUCUGUAAGAAUUAGGAUAUUGCAUUAAAAUAAGUCUAAUUUUGUUCUUAAUUUUUGAUACAUUCUGCAAAAAGAGAAACACAAAAGAGCAGGCCUGCAGGUUUGAUCUAAUCUCUUGUUAUUUCCCUGCUUCUUCGCUCGUCUGCAAAUUGCUCUGAUUAAUUACAGAUUUAUCAGAUGAUUGAAGAUCUGAAAAUGAGUAGACCAUGUGCCAUGUUGAACCCCCACCACCUUGAACCUGCAGAACGCCUACCGCUCGUGCAUAGACCAAUCCUUCAUUGCUCUCCAGUGAUUUAAAGAGAACCACACAGAACGGAACCAGGUGGAUCUGGCUGAUAAAUUAGAUUUCUCUUGCCGUUGUAAAGUAGUUUUACCAACCUUGCGCUUCAGUUUUUUAAAUUACGUGACUAAUACAGACAUCUACAGUGAAUAUAAACAAGUAUGCGGUUGGUUUAUACUGUUUACAUGCAGCAUUUUAACUGUGAUUUAAUUUUUCUGUGUUUGCAGUUGAGACGUUUGUGACUCAUUUUUUCAAGAACUGUAUUUUGGAGCAAAAAUAAAGCAAACAAAUCCUGCUGUUAUAUAGAAUCUGAAUGUCAGUGCUGCUCUUUAACAUUUUUUCUUUCCACUUCUAUGUUAAAUUACUGCUGUUUCUUUGCAGUUGGUGCUAAAACAAAACCCACCUACACACCACUGUGUAUCUACUGAAGAAAAUGGCUACUUUGAUUUAAAGCUUCUAAGAUACAGUUCUUGAAAAGCUUUCCGGAGAUGUGAGCUCUUGGUAUGAUCGCGGUGAUGAUUCUCUUUGUGUGAUUUGUUAUGGUUUUGUGAUUAAUAUUGAAAGUUCUGCCACUGAGACCUGAGGCCCUCUUACUUUUCUGACUAUUGCUUACUAAUCAUUGCCAUUUAUCACACAGUAGUGGAGCUUUUAUGUUUUAGUUGUUGUUGCUGUUCCUCAAUCCCUGCCACCAGCUAGAGAAGCAAACAGUAACCUGUUACUUGAGGCCAUCGGUGGUUGCUGCCGUUUCUAAUUCCUUCCUUUGUUAGAUUUUUAUGGGGAUGCAAACUUUCCAAAAACUAGAAGGGUAAUGACUGAUCCUCAUUAAAAAAAAAUGUAGAAAAAGACUCGACACGCUUUGCCGACCCCGUUGAUGUGGCAAAUGUAUGUUUUCAUUAUCCUAAAAUGAACUAAGCUUCCAUUUACUCCAACAUAGCACCUCUCUUACUUUAAAUAUCCAAUGCCUCUUUGGAAAAUCAAUGACUUAACUCCUGCUGAAUGACUCUGAAGGCACUGUAUUUUUUCCUCACACCAUUGGUUCUGCCUGUGUUGUUGAUUACACUGGGUUUUUUUUCUUCCUUCUCUGGCAGUUUUUUUUACUCCAGUACUGACUUUAGAGCAUGCUGUGAAGCUGAUGUCUGUUCCACAAAAUCCAAUAGAACCGAAUGUGACUUCAGAACGAGCAAACAGCCCCCGUUUGGUGUGUUUCCAUGUGUGUUGCAGUAGCAGUCGGAAGGACGUUGACCUGUUUCAGUGGCCUUAUGUAUAUGUUGUUGCUUAAUCCAUGUUUGAGGCCUGUACACAUGACAACAUAGUGUAUGUGGACAUGUAUACUGUUGUACUCUGUAUACUGUACAUGUUAAAGCCCGUCACAGCUAAAAAACCAUGUUGUUUCUCAGUGUGAUUGUAAGUGAAAGUUGAGGAUAUGACAUCAGGAGGUGAUUCAACCUCCCUCCGUUUGAGUAUGGGCAAGUGGGCAGUGAUGAAACAUGGAAAGAAUUCAUGUUGGGAGGAGAGGCUUGUACGCCAGUAAACAGCGACUCUUUAAAAGUUUCUCUGUCUUUCUCUUGACGGUCUCACUCUCUGCACUUGCCUUCUCCCACCCUCUGCUAUUGCCUCAUGGACGAUUCUGGGCUAAUUUAUGGCCAUGAUAUCAUACAGUCUGGCGAACGCUGUGGAUGUGAUGGCCUUAAAGUGUGACAGCAGUAUAUUUAACAGAAGGCGGCUGGCCGAACGCGGGAUGAUAACAUACAGUAGUUGCAGAGCCAGUUCUCAUUCUCACGCUGUGACUGCAGUCUUAGGCUGUCUAAUUAGCACUGCUGUCAGCUGUUGUAGGACAAGUAAUGUCAUUUUAUGUUAAACUGUCAUCCCCUCUCACAGUGUUACCCAUCAGCCUUUCUUUGGUUAUACGUCUCUGAGACACCAUAGCAUUCAUUAAAAAUCUGAAUGUUCCUCUAACAGUUAUUUCAUGAUGUUGUGAUUGUCCAUCUCAGGUCUCUUGGUUUUCAUACGAGUAACAAUUAUUUGAAUCAUCUUAAACUGAGCCUUUCUUUGUGUAAUAAAUUAACAUCGAGCAUUU